CUCUCGUUUGCAGUCCUCAGAAGGAAAACAAAAUGGCCGAUGAAAUGGAAGUAGAUCGAGAUGUUGACAAAGAAGGAACAAGCAAACCAGACAAAAUGUUUACGCUUAAAAAGUGGAAUUUAGUGGCAAUGUGGAGUUGGGAUGUUGAAUGUGAUACAUGUGCCAUCUGUCGCGUUCAAGUUAUGGAUGCAUGUCUGAGGUGCCAGUCCGAGAACAAACAGGAUGACUGCGUUGUGGUCUGGGGAGAGUGCAACCAUUCCUUCCACAACUGCUGCAUGUCACUGUGGGUGAAACAGAACAACCGCUGUCCCUUGUGUCAGCAAGAGUGGGUAGUUCAACGUAUUGGAAAAUAGUUUACCAAAGUAUAGGGAAGUCAUUUUUUUGUGAUGUACAAAUUUAGUAAAGUACUACUUGUUGGCGUGUCAAUUUGAAUGGACAGAUAACAUAUCUUGUAUUAUGGAAGUCUGGAUGAUGAGAUAAUGAAAGUUGUUUUGGAAUUUUUCUAUUUUGGGAUCUGUCAUGUUUUCAGAUUUAAUUUUAAUUAUGAACUUCUGUGAGUGGAAUCUUAAAUGUGUCUUUUGGGAAAUAUUGUGCUGCCAUAAAACACUACAUUUAUUAGUUUUGCAUGCAUAUGUAUAUAUCUUCUUUUCAAAGAGUGAUGUGUAUUAACAUACAUGGUGUCAUGUGCUGACUGUAAAGUGUUGAUCAUUGUCAUUAAAUGACCAUAUUAAGUGUAAACAGCA